ACGAACAUGGGAACAGUGAUUAUUACAGUGCCAAACUAAGUAGCGUAUACACAUAUAUAUGUAAAAUUGCUUUGAGUUUCUUUUAAAAAUAUUUUGUGCUAAGUAUUUGUGAGUUAAUAAUAAGUUUAAUAUUAUUAUGCGAUGUGUAAGAGACCGUUUUUUAAUGUAAUAAUGGGAAUGUUUUGCAUUAUGUGUAUUAUGGUGGUUUUAAUCGUUUAUUUGGAUGCAAAAAAACUGGAACGACCUAACAUAGUAUUUAUUAUUGCUGAUGAUUUGGGUUGGAAUGACGUCGGUUUCCAUGGCUCGGAUCAAAUCCCUACGCCUAACAUAGAUCUCUUGGCACAAUCGGGGAUUGCUUUAGAACGGUAUUACACGCACUGCAUUUGCACCCCUUCGCGGUCCGCAUUACUUACUGGGAAAUAUGCGCAUACAACCGGAAUGCAGGGAUAUCCCUUAACAAAUGGUGAAGACAGAGGUUUACCAACAACGGAGAAAAUAAUGCCUCAAUAUUUCAAAGAUUUAGGCUACGCGACGCACUUAAUAGGCAAAUGGCACGUUGGUAUAUCCCGAACAGAAUUCUUACCAACUGUUCGAGGGUUUGAUAACCAUUUUGGACAUAGAGGUGGUUUUAUAGACUACUAUGAAUAUACUUUAGAGGAAGAGGCAAGUUACACAGAAAACGGUCCAAGUAAGGUAUCUGGUAUGUGCUUAUACAGAAAUUUAACACCAGCAUGGGACGUGGAGGGAUAUAUUACAGACGUUUACACUGAUGCAGCCAAAUCAAUAAUAGAGUCACAUGAGGAAACGAAGCCUCUCUUUCUGAUGGUGGCUCAUAAUGCUCCCCACUCCGGGAAUGAUGGGGCUUUGCUGCAAGCCCCACAUGAGGAUGUAAGGUCCAUGCGUCACGUUGAAUCUCCUGAACGAAGGAUUUAUGCAGCAAUGGUAAAAAAACUUGAUGAAAGUGUGGGAGAUAUAUUAGAAGCUCUGUACGUCAAAGGAAUACUUGAGAAUACUAUAAUUGUAUUUAUAACUGACAAUGGAGGUAUGACAUCAGGACCAUCAGUAAAUUACGCAUCAAAUUGGCCUUUGAGAGGUUUGAAAAUGAGUCCUUUUGAAGGUGGAGUGAGAGGUGUAGGGUUAUUAUGGACAUCAAGUUUACUUCCAAAUCAUUUAUGGAAUGGCUAUAUACACGUAUCCGACUGGUUGCCGACGUUAUUAAGGGCUGUUGGUGCAGAACCACCUCCAAACUUAGAUGGAUUAGAUCUCUGGAAGGACAUUGAAUUAAAUAAACCAUCAUCACGAAAAGAAAUGUUUGAAAUUGAUGAUUAUGUUGGAUACGCUUCUAUUAUAUCUGGAGACUUCAAAUUGGUUAUUGGAAAUGUUACCAAAGAAUAUAGCAAUCAUCAAGGAUGGGAUUUAUUAGGAGUAAUUGGAGCAUCACCUUUAUACGAAGAUAAUAUUAGAAAAAGUAAAACAUUUUCCGUUCUUGAGAAAAUUGGUAUGCCAUUUGAUCGUACUGAGAAUAUACUAAAAAACAAUAACAAAGUAAACUGCAAUGUAAAUGAAAACAAUGACAGUGAUCUAUGCUAUCCUGAAAAUGAUAAAUUAUGUUUGUUUAACAUAAAAGAAGAUCCGUGUGAAAGAAGAGAUGUUUCUCAAGUUUAUCCAGAAUUAGUCAUGAAAUUAAAGAAGAAUUUGGAAAACGAAAUGGCCGGAAUGAAACCUCGAACUCCAAUACCAAUGAUUAGAGACCCCAGAUCAGCACCAAGUUUGUUUAAUUAUACCUGGGCACCGUUUGCGGAUGAUCUUUGAAAUUACCUUACUGUCUCCUACUCCUGUGUUUAU